AUGUCGGCAUCUAGUGCCAGCGGUUUCGAUCGUUUCGUCACUAUAUUUUCGCCGGACGGCAGGUUGUUCCAAGUUGAAUACUCACUUAAGGCGGUUAGCGUUGAUGGUUUGAUAUCUGUUGGUGUACGCGGUGAUGACUGUGCAGUUGUCGCUUCGCAACUGAAACUACCAGAUAAACUAAUUGAACGGGAAUCGGUAACCAGGUUGUUUCGGUUGACUGAUUCGACUGGAUGCAUCAUGACAGGCAUGUUGCCGGACUGUUAUGCUCAGGUACACCGCGCACGCUAUGAAGCUGCAAACUUCAAGUACAAACAUGGGUAUGAAAUGCCGUGUGACGUGCUUGUACGUCGGAUAGGUGAAAUCAAUCAAGUGUAUACUCAAUCUGCGGAGAUGCGGCCCCUUGGCUGCGCAAUGUUGGCUAUAUCAUACGAUGAUGAACUAGGGAAGCCUCAGCUUUAUAAGGUAGAUCCUAGUGGGUUCGUGGCUGGUCAUCAUGCAGUGGCUGUGGGAGACAAGCAAGUCCCCGCCAUGACAUUCCUCGAAAAAGAAAUGCGGAAAAAGGAUAAGUACAACCUUGAAGAGGCUAUCGAAAUUGCUGUCCGAUGCCUAUCUCAUAUUCAUUCGAUGGAAUUCAAAGCCUCCGAGUUAGAAAUUGGUGUGGUUUCAAAGGCCAAUCCGGUGUUCAGGUAA